CUAUUAACUGAUGUGUUUUGAAAAAAACAAACCUGCCAAUGUCACUCAGUCACCAUUGAGCUGUCAGUGCUGAGAGUUGUAGUUGCAGUGUAGCUGUAUGGCCACUGGUUACUCACUGUAUUACAUCCCCUGACUGACUGCAUUGCUGGGGGAGUCACUACCAACGAACUCUGCCAACUUACCUGCAACUUGUUUGUUUCUUUCCAGGGAGGAUUAAGAUCACACUAGUUAUUAUGAGUGGAGCUGCCAUACUCCCUCCUCUCACUCACCUCUUUUACUCACUGUUACAGAGUUUCUGUCUAACGAUACAAAUAUUUCUGAGCCUGAUACUCACUGUAUCCAGAACUGAGAGGGUUAACUCCCAGGAGUACAAAGUGCUGUUUGUCUUUCAGUUUCGUUUCUUGUUCAGUUGCUGUUCCUGCUCUCAGUGAUGGCGGCUGCUGAUCUGAGAGACGAGCUGAGCUGCUCCAUCUGCCUGAGCAUUUAUACUGAUCCUGUAUCCCUGCCGUGUGCCCAUAACUUCUGCCGGGGCUGUAUUGGGAGGGUGCUGGGCACCCAGGAGGGAUCUGGGCCUUAUUCCUGCCCUGAAUGCAGACAGGAGUUUAAGGAGCGCCCUGCCCUGCCCAGGAACAGAACUCUGGGGAACAUAGCAGAGCGAUUCCUUUCUGCUCAGCCCGAGCCGGGGGACACUGGGAUUCCCUGCACCUACUGUGUCCUCUCUCCUGUACCUGCUGUUAAAUCCUGUCUGCACUGUGAGGCUUCUGUGUGUGAGACCCACCUGAGGAUGCACAGCAAGUCAGCAGAACAUGUACUGACCCAACCCACUGAUUCCUUCAUGGAGAGAAAAUGUUCUGUACACAAGCGGAUCCUGGAGUUUUACUGCUGCGAAACCUGUAUCUGUGUGUCCUGCUGUCUGGCCGGAGAGCACAGGGGCCACAGGGUGGAGCUGCUGAGUGAGGCCUCUGAGAAGAAGAAAGAGACACUGAGGAAAGUUGUGGAGAAACUGAGGCCAGAGAGAGAGGAGACUGAGAGAGGAGCCCAGAGACUGCAGGAGCGCAGGAGAGAAGUGGCAGAAAAAGCAGCCGGUGAGACAGAGAGAGUCACUGCCCUGUUUAGAGACAUCAGGGAACAGCUGGAAGCCCUAGAGAAGCGACUCCUGAGUGACAUCUCCAGCCAGAAAGAGAAGCUCUCACUCACACUCACUGAUCUGAUGGAGCAGCUGGAAAUAAAGAAGGACGAGCUGUCCAGGAAGAUCCGUCACAUUGAGGAGCUGUGCAACAUGGCAGAUCCACUCACUGUCCUACAGGAACGGGAAUCACAUGGAGCUGCAGAUAAUGAGGGGGGCAGAGAGAGACAUGAUAUAAAGGUCCCUGCUGUAGGGGAUCUGGAUGUGGAUCUGAUCUCAGAGACAUUACUCACAGGCUUAGCUGCCAUUGGGACUGGGGUAAAUACAAAAUUAGCCCAUCAUUUGGGAACAUCAACCAGUGGAGGAGAAGGCUCAGAACUUUUUGUGUCAUUGAUAAAAACAAUACCAAGUAUUUCCCCAUUCAAUUCUAUUACUAACAGUAGAUUUGACCCUGUAUAUGGGCAGGAGGCUACAGACCUGUUACUGGAUAUAAACACAGCUCAUAAUCGUGUGUCUGUAUCAGGGGACAGGAAAUCUGCUUCCUACUCACUAACAGAACUACAUUACCCACAAUCCCCAGAGAGAUUUCAGCUUUAUGCUCAGGCUUUAAGCAGCAGGAGUUUCCCCUCAGGGCGACAUUACUGGGAAGUGGAGGGCAGUGAAUCAGGGGAGUGGGGGGUAGGGGUGGCCUAUCCCAGUAUAGAGAGGAGAGGGUAUCAGUCCUGGAUUGGGAAUAAUAACAAGUCCUGGUGUUUGUACAGAUGGAAUAAUAAUAACAGAUAUUCAGUGGAACAUGACAGUAAAAGGACACAAUUACCCCACGUCUCUUCCUGCAGGAGAAUCAGGAUCUCAUUGGACUAUGAGGCCGGACGUCUGUCCUUUUAUGAGCUGAGUGAGCCAAUCAGACACUUACACACCUUCACUGUCACAUUCACUGAGCCCCUUCAUGCUGCAUUCUGGGUCGGUAGGGAUUCCUGGGUGAGAAUCAUUAGUUAGUAUCUAUGGCACUUUAUUAAUUGAAUAGGUUAAUCAGAAGAUACAUUAGUGUAAUUCCUGUAGAUCUAAACCAGUCAGUACAGCCCCUCCCCUGGCCGCAUAUUGUAUAUCAGUGCUGAGCAACACUUUGCUUGGGGUGAGUCAGUUAUACAAUAUUACGUGGGUAUAGGGGCAGGAUCAUAUUAAAGCCAAGAUGCCAUAUCAAUCUGAAAUAUUAACACUGCUCUUAUGUCAGGGGAUUGUCCCAAGACUUUACUGGUACAGCAGGGAACAGACUGAUGCUGAUUAUUGCUGUUUUCCUUAAAGGGGUUAUUUACCUUUCAAUUAAUUGUUAAUAUGAUGUAGAGAAGGAUAUUCUGAGACAAU